AUGGCGGCACAACAUAAAACUACUUUAACAAUACUUCUCUCCGAUCACGGUAGCAAGACUACGGAUUAUGCCAUCAGAACGGUCCACGGUUUAAAGGAAAUCUAUAAACCGUUCAUGUUUAUGAUAGUACCUCGUCAGGCCGCAAAGGUACUUGGGAAUGAGCGAAUGGGGAAUCUGAUUAGGAACCAAAAACGACUCGUGGCUUUAGAAGACCUGAAUCUCGCUUUGGAUGACGUAGUGAGGGGUUUUGGCGAGGGUAAAGAAGAAAAUAUUGCUGGGAAUAUUAGGAAUGGUGCGGAGGUCAACGAAGAUGAUAAAAUGGAUUUUGGAAAUGCUGCGGGAAGCAAAAAUGGCAACGGGCUUUUUGGUAAUAUUUCCGCCAAUAGAAAUUGUUCUGAAUUACAGUUAUCAGCCGAUGCAGUGUGUUUGUGCGAAGGUGAAGACGUCGAUGCAAUUAUGGAUUCGUUUUUUCUGGAUUUUUUAGCGAGCAUUGCUGUUGGUGGUCUCAACAAUAGGAUACAGUCUCAAUAUACCAGUGAGGCAUUGAAUAACGACAAUAUAAACAACGAAAUGGCGCUUUCCAAAAAUGUUGAUAAAGAAACAAAAGGCAAAAAUGGAAUGCCAGAGGAUGUAGAAGAUGCCAAUGUUCUCCCGAAUAAAAAGCAAAGGUUAGGGGGAUAUGGGAAUUGUCUUCGCUAUAUUCUGAAACGAGUGGAACGGCUUAGAAGAAAAGUAAUCGGUGAAGAACGAAUAACUACAUUUAAUGUUGUUGUAAACACCGUCCCAGCCAUUGAUAAGAGGGACGAAAUAUUUGAAAUGACACUCGGGCAUCAUUUGACAAACAAAAACGGUAUAAAGCUACUAAAGGUUACGAGAUUAAGUCGGUAUAGUCUAUUCAAAUCGUGCGCCGAUGCUAAAGUCCACCUUGAUCUAUGCACGUGCGAUAACAAUUCUCAAACAGACCCUAAAAAUUACAUGUGGGAAUUAUUGGGACACUAUAUGUUCGCACAACCUUCAAAUAUCGAUAAACUUGAAUUCCCGUGUUUGUAUUUGAUAACAACAAGACGGCAAAGAUUUCUUAAAUCGGGCAACGGACGGGAUGCAGUUUUGGCCUACGAAAUAAUCAGCGCUUGCGACAAAAUAUUUAAUGUUACGCUAUCAGAUACUAGUUUAGUAAGGCAGCCGUUCAUUCUAUCGAGAGCAUUGCCGUUUAGUUUAAUGGUAUAUCCUAAUGCAGCACAUCACGUGAUUAGCGCAUUUUGUGGUCUCCCGGAUGGAGAAUUUGUAGCCAGUUUUAAAAUUCAUAUGUUGUAG